CACCGCAUUUUUCGAAUAAAAAUACGCAAAUCGUGUGUACCGCAAACAUUCAACGCUUUCAAAUCGAAAUCUAAAAACAAAACAUUUACAAUGGCCGACACUGCUGUGACCGAAGCUGCUCCCCCAGCUACCUCAUCUCCAGCUGCAAAGAAAAGCAAGACUGCUUCUGCUGCAUCGAAGAAACCACGAGUGAAGCCAACCCAUCCGCCAACAGCCGAUAUGGUUAAUGCUGCUAUCAAAAGCCUGAAAGAACGUGGUGGCUCAUCGUUGCAGGCAAUCAAGAAGUACAUCACAGCCAAUUACAAGAUCGAUGCCGAGAAACUAUCGCCUUUCAUCAAGAAAUACCUGAAGAGUGCCGUUACCGGUGGCAAAUUGAUCCAAACCAAAGGCAAGGGUGCUUCUGGUUCAUUCAAACUUUCUGCUACUGUUGCAAAAUCAAAGUCCGAAUCGGCACCGAAGAAAGCUGCUGCCAAGCCCAAGAAAGCUAAGGCAGCGACCGGUGAAAAGAAACCGAAAGCGAAGAAAGCUGCAUCUCCAGCUAAGAAGAAGCCUGCAGCCAAAAGUGCUGAAAAGAAGAAGAAAGCCGCAGCACCAGCUAAAGCAGCAAAGAAGGCUGGUUCCGUGAAGGCACCAAAAGCCCCAAAGGAAAAGUCAACGAAACCGAAAGCUGCCGCUAAAAAGCCAAAAACACCAAAACCCAAGAAGGCAGCUCCAGCCAAGAAAGCAGCACCAAAGAAGGCAGCUGCACCAAAAAAGAAGUAAAUUCCUUAAAACACGGGAAUUUUCGCCAAUUAUAAAUUGCAAUGAUCCGAUUGCAUUGAAAAACACAGCCCUUAUUAGGGCUAC